AUGAAUCAAGUAGCAGACGAGAAAGAACCUGAACAGGAUGGUCUCGUCGCAGAUUGGAGUUCUGAGGAGGAAAAAUCUAUCAUUCGCACCAUCGACUGGCGAAUGAUUCCACUUGCACUUGCCAUGCAAACAGUAGCUUUUUUGGACCAGACCAACAUUGGGCAAGCUCGCAGCUAUGGCCUUGAUCCUAAGACUGGAAUCGGGCGAAUGGAGCGUGAUUUGGGAAUGGCUCCUGGUGAAUUCAACAAUAUAAGCUCAAUGUACUAUCUGGUCUUGUUGAUUCUUGAACCCAUAUCCAACUUCUUCUUGAUGAGGUUCAAGCCCUCGGCGUGGCUUUCGCGAAUCAUGAUUUCUUGGGGAAUUGUCGCGACUGCUAGUGCGGUAGUCACAGAUUAUAAUGCGCUGUUGGCUUGUCGAACUCUUCUUGGGAUCGCUGAAGCUGGCUUCUUUCCCGGGCUUGUUCUGGCGCUCAGCUACUGGUAUUCACCAAUAGAACUCACGAAUCGAAUUUCAGUCAUCUACAUCACCAAUGGAAUCGUCAGUUUGUUGGCCGGGUUGUUUGCAGGUCUUAUCUUUAUGCUUGACGCUCCAGAUUCACCAGCAUGGCGUUGGCUCUUCUUGAUUGAAGGAGCUCCAUCGAUCAUUCUUGGCAUCUUUGUGAUUGUCUUGUUCCCAGAUGGUCCUGAUGUCGCUCCUUGGCUCAGUACACGAGGAAAACAUAUUGCAAUCAACAGGCUCAAACUCGUCGAUCCUGCUGCGAGGCAUGGACGCCACUUUGUAUGGAAGGAUGCUGUACCUGUAUACGCUCAGUUCGAGACAUGGUUACAUAUUCUCGCUCUCGUGUUCUCUUUCAUGCCUGUGAUGGCCAUGAAGUUAUUCCUGCCUUCCAUUUUGGCUUCUACUUUCACGGGCAGCAAUGUGCAAUUUGCAAGCAUGGGACCUGCAUUGGCAAACAUUGUCUUCAUUAUUAUUGGCUCGGUUUUGGCUACCAAACUCGACGAUAGAUCUUCAGUUCAUAUUGUUUGCAACUUGAUUGGAGCUUUUGGGUAUAUUACGCUUGCAUUCUCUCGAAAUGGAGCACUCUCCUAUGGUAUACUGUUUGUCAUUUCGAUGGCAUACCCAGCUCUCAUUAUUGGGUAUGGAUGGAUGGCCUCCAUCCAGCAAACUGCUACUGCCCGUGGAGCGAUCCUUGCCCUUGCAGCUGGCAGUACAAAUAUAGCAGGCGUGGUCGGAAGUCAAAUUUAUCGUCCAUCGGAUGCGCCUAGCUACACAAAAGGACACUUGAUGGUGGCUGGUGGUCUUUGUGCUUCAGCAUUGUGUGUGCUGAUUGUUCGAAUCAGCUACACCGUCAGGAAUGGAAUGGCUAAGGCGAGGGCAGCCGAAAAGACAUCUCGUGGGGAGUCGCUUACUGAUGCCGAUAAAUUCGCUUAUCCUUACUGA